AUGAAGCAACCAAUCAAUCAAUCAAACAUUAUCAAUAUACUACUUUGUAUCAUAUUGUUACAACAUGUCGCCAAUGCCUUUGCCCCAUGCUCCAAGAACGAUGAUAAAGACCCCCAACAGAACUGUGACAUAACAUAUUAUGACACACCAGAUGCCGGUGCCUGUAAUUAUGGUCCAUUAUUUGGUGAUACUGGACCCAAGACCAACAAUAUAGUUGCCAUAAAUACCGCCUACUUCAAAGAUGCCCAAGCCUGUGGAUCAUGUUAUAAAGUGACCGGCCCAUCAGGCACCAUCACAGUGAUAGCUACAGAUGAGUGCCCAGCCAAGGACAACGUACAAUGGUGCUCUGGACCCAACAUCCACUUUGAUCUCAACAAACCAGCUUUUGAUGAGAUUGGUGAGAUUGUCAAGGGUUUCUACCUUGGACUGAACUUUACGAUGGUACCUUGUGACUUUGGUGGCAACCUCAAGAUCAAGGUCAAAGCUGGAUCAAUGCCAGGAUGGGCUCAAUACCUAGUUUAUAAUCAUCGUGUUCCUGUCAAGUCUUUGGCAAUCAAGGUUGGAGGCAGCAACUUCACAUUACGUAUAACAUCAAUCUUUGACGAGGUCAUUGAGUAUCCAAUCAACAAGGUAUCUGGUGGAUCCUCCUAUGACACCAACGAUCAAUUCAAUGUCUGGGGUGAUAUUGGAUGUGUCCUGCCAUCAUCUGCACCAUCUAUCUUUGCAACACCCACUUUGGCUACCCUUAUGAUACUCCUGUUAAUCAAUCAAUUAAUAAUAUUAAUAAUAUAA